AUGGAACACCCGCCUCCAUCUCAUUACGAUGAGUUAUCCCCUCCUUCCUCGGUAGCGGGCCAGAUCUGGGACAUGGCGCUCACGGACCCCGACUAUGCCUCCCAUAUCCUCGACUCCAACGACACCGCCGCUCCCGUCUCCGCGCGUCUCACAAGACUAGCCCAUCUGGCAUCCCACUUCAAUCCGACCUCCAAAUCCGACUCCAUGACCCUUCACCACUGUCUCGAGACCCUCGAGUCCCUGCUGGACCCACGCCCAGCCUUGACGCAAGAGCUCGCCCGAUGCCGUCCUAUAAGCCAUUCCCGACAGUCCAACUCCAUCGCUUCCAUCUCCACGACCGACUCUCAAGAUUUGGGCAAUUCUGUUGCUUCGCUCGAAGAGAUGUCACACCCUCCUCUCAAGGAUAUCUUGAGAGAGGUUACGACACUCAAAGUGGAAUUCGACCGUCGUCGCAAGGAGUCGUCCGAGAUAUAUGAGUUGCUCACACGAGAACGCGAAACACUAGCCCGAAAGAUCGGCGAACUAGAUGAUGAAAUUCACGAACUAAAUACAGACAUCCUCGAAGACACUGCUGAGCGGGAAGCGAUCCAAGGCACGAUACGAGGACUCGAGGGUUGGGUGGAUGAAUGGCACAAACAGCGCCUAUUGAUUGCCGCUAAGAAACAGAGUGCUGCCUCACGGCGGAAUGGUCAGCGAAGAUGGACGAAAUGCAAAGUCGACGAGGUCGAGGGCGACGGCGAAGCCCUGUUUGAGGGAAUAACGGCAUGGAUGCGAGGAUGGAAGGACGUCGAGGAGGUUUUUCGCAUCCGAGAGCAGAAUCGCACUUUGAGAAGGGAAGAAAGACAGAAGACACGGGCAAAAUACGUAUGA